AUGUCUGACGAGGUUUCCGACUUUUUGCGCUCGGUCGAGCUGCUGAAGGAGAGACGAGAAGAGGAAGAUGAGGCUCGGUCGCGCGAGCUCGAGGAAAAGAUCUUGCAGGAAAAGAAAGAACGCCAGGCCCGGCGCGCAGAGCGCGCAAGAUCGAUUUCACCGCAAAAGUCAUCACCCGCAAAUACUCCGCCCCCAACAGCACAUCGCGUUGGCAUCCUUCCGUCUGCUUCCGGCGACACAACUCUGGAGUCACCAGGUCAGGAGAGCUCCGGGAGCCCUAGGCAACGCGCCCUCGAACCAUCUUCCGAUGUCAUGAAUAAUAGCGCAGUCGAGCAAUCGAGCUCCCCGACAAAAGAGAACGACUCCCCAUUCGACUCGGAUAUCAAACGGACUAGCAUGGCCUUGGGCUCGCCGUCGAUCGGCAUGCCGUCCGCGCGAUCACCGCUCUCGUGGCAGAGGCGACCGACCUCGCAAGCCUCCGAUCGCCCGAAAAGCCGACCUCUCUCCAUGGUCGCUGCCGAGAAUGCCGCCCGGAACGUUCCUAACAGCGCCGAACCAGCCGAACAGACCAUGUCCCGGGACCAAAUCGCCCAGUCCCUAGCAGGCAGGGACCCGUCGUGGUUCCGCCAAACCGCUGACCCGGGCCGGGGAUCGGGGGCUUUCAGGAAAGCCCAGGUGGAGGACGAGGACACAGUGGACAUGCCCUCCAUGCGCACCCAACUUCCCGGCAUGUCGCAAGAGUCGACGCCAGAGCCACCCAAAGAGAGCUCAGCUGCCCGACCAGUGACCCCCACCGACCUGCCCGCCAAACUUGGCUCUCCGAUUCCCAUGGCCGGCUUCCAACGCCUGGAUCCGCCAACUGGCGAAACCGCAGAUGACGCGGACACAGCCACGGCUAAUCGCCAGUCCAUAACCUCGCCACCGGGCCGGACGUCGCCCACAAGACCGCGCUCCCCUACCAAAGGGAUGGGUGGUUUUGUGCAAAGCGCCAUGAUGAAGCGCUCGGAUAGCGUUAAACGAUGGAGCGUUAACUCACCCGCCAGCUUCCAGCGAUCGGAUUCCGUUCGGUCCAGCGCAAGCAAUGUGGACAACACGCAGCGUCCCACCACCCCGAAGUCGGGUGGGCGCCCAAAAAGCAUGCUGGUGCCUACCCCUGCGCUCGGCUCGGGUGAUGAAAAGGAACCUGAGCCAGAAGAACAGGCUACCCCUGCUCGGCCGACUACGCCAAUGGAGUCAAAAGUGAACGACGAGGAGGAAACAAGUAGUCCUCCCGUAAGCCCCUCCAAGACGAUGGAUUCCCGAAGGUGGAGCCCCACAAAGAGCUCUAGCUGGCUCGAUGCUGCACUGAACAAGCCCGAGUCACCCAAGGCAAAGCCGGCAGCCCCCGCGCCGGCACAGCCGGCUUGGAUGGUCGAGUUGAACAAAGCAAAGGCUCAAAAAGCUACCCCGGAUCCCGCUCGUGGUGCCUCCUUGCCAAAGAAGCCCGAGGUGAAGACUGGUGGGCUUAUGAGGUCCACUCCCAUGGGCGCAAGCCUCAAGCCAAGCGCUCUGGGCGGCUUUCCAGUCGUCCCCCCUAUCUCGACAGCCGACGACAAGCCAGUAAUUUCCGGGUUGCGCGGAAGCCUUCGGAAAGCAUCCCCGACGACGGACGGUCCGAGUGAGGGCCAGGGAGAACUCCCAGCCGCGGCCAAGGCAAAACCCGACAUUCCGUCCAAGAAGGAUUUCCGCGCCAACCUCAAGCCCCGAGCUCCUCCACCUGAACCCAAAUCAGGGGACUCUGCUGAAGAGUUGAAGAACGUUGUUGGGAGCCUACGGAGGACCAAAACACAGAACUACGUGGCACCGGAUGAGCUGAAAGAUAACAUCUUGCGCGGGAAGGCGGGGUUGGCUUUGACUGGUGGGCCCAAGAAGACGGAACACAAGGAUGAGUUCAAGGAGGCGAUCCUAAAGAAGAAGGAUGACUUCAAGAAGGCGCAGGACGAAGGCCGGGGUAUCGCUAGGGAACCGAGCACUGCCAGCGAUAACUCCGUUCCCGAGGGCAUCGCAAAGAAGCUGGUGUUGCAGCGGACGGGGACGUUCUCUAAGCAAACCCCGACCACGCCGGACUUCCCCAUGCAGAGCCCUUCACUUACCGGAUCGAACCGGUCUAGCCAUGCCUCUACGCGUUCCAGGCAUGAUAUCUCUAGCUUGGGAUCCGAACCUGCUUCGAGUCUAUCUCCCGAGCCCGCCAAGGAGGCGACGGUGAAUCCGGUUGCCCCGACGACUCUACAGAGGUCAACCGAUGCCGCGAGCCGCGUCGGAGGGAAGGUCGGAGGCUUAGCAGACCGGUUCAACCCUGCGUUGGCCGGCCUCCUGGCCAGGGGGCCCCCACCAGCUUCCGGGAAGUCGGACGGUCCUGGAACAUCAGCAACAACCGAACCCGCCGGCCCCGGCCCUCAACUAACGCACAUGACGAAGAACCGAGCCCGUGGUCCUAGGCGGAAGGCUCCAACGUCUGUCGCUACAGCGGCCGAUGAGCCGAAGGAGACGUUGGUCCGGGCGGCUUCUGAGCCGGAGAAGAAGCCUAUUUUCUCACCCCCCGAGCCGAAGAAGACGAUGUCGUUCCCGUCGCCCAAGUCAGAAAGUCCUAUCCCCUCUCCCGCUUUGGAGCAAGCGGUGGCCUCCCCGAAACCAGGGAAGCCUGUUAUUUCCCCUAAACCUGAGAAAUUCACGCCUACGAUUCCCGGGGCCCCCUCGUUGAUGGAGCGUAGAAAGUCUCUGAUGCAGGACAGGACAAAGCUUGCGGGCGAGGUCAUCUCUCUCGUCGACUCAUCCGGGCGCAUGUCCAGGGAGGAGGACCCGAAACCAGUCGGCCAGCCCAUCGACUUGGUUGGAUCUAGCCCGAUCAAGACGCGUCCUCGUUCACCCACCAAGGUUCAUGAGCAGGUGGCAGCCCUGACGGCGCUGAACCAGCAAUCACCCAAGCCUGCUGAAGCCAGCGGCGAGGUCGCUUCGCAGCCAUCGUCGCCAAAGAAGCUCGACAUGAAGAGGAUGUCGAGGUUCCUAGAUGAAGAGGGUCAGCCGAGCCCAAUGCCUGAACCUGUGAAAUCGAGGUCAUCUUCGCCGGUCAAAGGCCGCUCCGACUCUAUCACGGCUAGACCCAUGUCUCUAGUCCGGGACCGCGCCGAAUCUAUCACGGCAAGGCCCAAGUCUCUGGUGAGGGAUCGCUCCGAGUCUAUGACUGGGAGGCCGCUGUCUUUGGUCAGGGAUCGUUCUGACUCCUUCAGAUCGAGGUCGUCCUCCCCGGUAAAGGACCGCUUUCCCGGCCUUGAAUCACCCUCCAUCGGGAAGCACGCGGGAAACGAGCAAGGUGAACUGAAGCCCGCGCUUCCGAUCAAGAACGGCGCGGCCCCGUUUGGUGGCAUUGGCCUAGGCCUGACGCAAGCAGCAGUAGCACCGAGGCCGACCGCCCAGAAGCCCGCAGAGGCUGAACUACCGCCACCCUUACCUCCUAAAACUGCAAGACCGCUCCCUGCACCUCCUGCCACCCAGCGGGCUCAACUUAUCCAGAUCACGGCCGAGGGCAAGAAGAUGCCGGUGCCAUCGCACCACGAACGGGUCUUGUUCGAGCGCGAGAUGUACCUUUGCCCGCACAACUAUGUCGAUAGCACAGGAAGGAAAACGACCGAGGUCUAUUUCUGGGCCGGCGAUGAGGUGCCCGAGUCACAGGUUGACGACGCUCACCUUUUUGCGGCACGAGAAGCGAGGGCCUAUGGCGGAAAACUGGUCAAGCUCACCCAGGGCAAGGAGACAUCCGAGUUCUUACAGGCGCUCGGCGGGAUCGUCAUUGUCCGCCGCGGGUCGAGCAACAAGUACGACUCCCUCGCGCCCAACAUGCUCUGCGGCCGGCGCUACCUAAGCCAAGUCGCGUUCGACGAGGUCGACUUCUCUCCACUGAGCCUCUGCUCCGGUUUCCCCUACCUCAUCGCCCAACAGGGGAAGUGCUACCUCUGGAAGGGCAAGGGCAGCGACGUCGAGGAACUGGGUUGCGCCCGGCUCGUGGGUAUGGACCUCGCGCUGAUGGGCGAGCUUCUCGAGGUGGAAGAGGGCAACGAGCCCGAUAGCUUCUGGCAAAUCUUUGGCGGCGGCACGCGGCCCAGCUCGGCCGACCACUGGCGGCUGAAGCCCAACUACGACAAGUACUGCAGCCGGCUGUUUUGCGCCAGCGCAGCCGACAAGCACCAGACCGACCUCCUCCCCUCCAACAUCUACGUGCUCGACGCCUUCUUCGAGAUGUACAUCAUCGUCGGCGCCCGCUCGCAGCACCAGUACGCCGCCUUCCGCAACGCCCUCGACUUUGCGCAGGAGUACGCCAUCCUCGCCGCCGGCAUGGAGGACCGCCCCUUCGUGCCCAUCUCGACCGUCGUGCUCGAGGGCAUCCCGCGCGACCUCAAGAGCGUGUUCCGGAAGUGGCGGGACGGGAAUAGCCCGACGGUGAUGCACGCCAGUCCCCAGGGCGUGAGCGGUGGUGGGGUUUCGGGUGGUGGUGGUGGUGGUGCGGGGCCGACGCCGAGUCCGUUGAAGAGGGCACGGAGCUUGAGGAUCGUGCCGCUGACGCAGGCGCUGCGGGCGCUGUCGGAGUAA